UAUUUUGGUCUUUAGUGGACGGAAAGGUAGAAAGGAAGGAGGCGGCCUUGGCCAAACCCAGUGGGUUAUUGGUGGCCUUCACUGCCAAAGUUUUCUUGAUGUCCAGAAACCAGAAGUCCUCCUUGCCCAUCUUUCCAUGUGCUAAACUCCAGAAGGUGUCAGAAAAUGCUCUGCCAAGCAGUCUGAAGGCACUUGAAGAUCAGCUAAAGAUAUGUGGCCACAAGAAGGAUAUUGACGUCUUGGAACUGUUCCUUUCUAAAAAAGACCUGACAGAGGUUGUUGAUCUUUCUAGAUUUAAAAAAUUAAGAUAUUUGUGGCUCCAUCAUAAUAAGCUGCAAGGGAUAUCAUUUUUAACUCGAAACUACUGUCUGGCGGAGCUGUAUCUAAACCACAACGCCCUAUUCCAGAUAGAAGGCCUGCAUAACUUGCCUUCACUGAAUAUUCUCCUGUUGCACCACAAUGAGCUAACAAACAUCGAUGCUACUGUGAAGGAACUAAAGGGCAUGCAGAAUCUAAAGACCCUAAGUCUGUACCAAAACCCUCUGUCCCAGUAUAACCUCUACCGCUUGUAUAUAAUCUACCACCUUCCAGGACUGGAGUUACUUGAUCGGAAGGAAAUUACAGCGAAAGAGAGGAGAAACAUGAUUACCAUUUUUAACCACAAAAAAACUCACGUCCUUCAAUCAAUAGCAUUCGGAAAAAGAGCAGAUGCCUCAUGGAACCCCAAGUUAGCAAUAAAGCAAAAACGAGUCAAAAAGCUUCCCUCAGAUUUUGCAUUUGGGGAUAAUCUUGACAAGACAGUAUUUGAUGACCCUGAAGAUGCUGUGUUUGUAAGAUCCACAAAGAGAUCACUGAUGACCUUUACCUCCAUGAACUGGGACACCGUUCUAACACGAAGAGAGAAGUAUGAAAAGAAAAAGAGCUCUGCUACGCAGAUGCUCAUGGUUUCCCUGCGGUGACAGCAUUUCCAGGAAACCUGGUGCUGUUCAGUUACAUGUGAAAACACUUCCGUGAUUUAGCUCCUUAUACACUGAUUGCUAACUGAAAUUUUAAAAUAGAUGGAUCAGUGGUGAGAAUUGUUUCCUACACUGUAAGUUUCAUAAUGUAAAAAUUCUGAGUUACUCAUGUGUAAAAAAUAAAGCUAUUUUUUCCUCCCAGACACUUACUUCCCAACAAUAAUGAGUUUGAGAUUACUUAUUAAUAAAGGCCUAUACUUCAAUUUA